UUGACAAAUAACAGUUUCUUAAACAAUGUAGUUAAAAAGCAUGGAUUGGGCUAGUCAUGUGUAGCUAUAAUAUAAAAGGCUGUAAAACAACACAGAAGGUCACUGGAUCAAAUCAUCAUAAUAGAAACCUUAACACGAGCCCUUAACCCCAGUUGCUCCAGGGGUGCUGGCUGAUUCAGUGCGUAUGCAAUCUUGCAAUCUGAAAAGCAGGAAAGAGAUCCUCACAAGUUUCAGGGGUAUUUUAUCUGUGACGAUGUUUUCCAGUCCAGGAAGUUAUUUUGAUUUAUUUAUAUCUUGAUCAUACUUCCGGAAAUGUUGCAUCAGAUGCUUCUGCAUGCAAUGUUCUCAGAUCAAGAUAUCUGUUGCAGCAGGUGGCAUUGUUGCUUUGCUUACAUGAAAAUUGCAUCAUUCUGUUGAGGCAAAACCCCUAGGAUUUUAAGUGUUGCUAAAACUAAAGAACCUAAAGCCUAAAGAACCCAACUUCCUUUAUCACAUUAUGUCAAUAAGUAAUUAACAAAUGUAUAGCAAUUCAAAUGUUACAAAAUCCUGAAUAAACAUUUAAAAUGACAUAAAACUGAAGUAAAAAAAAUGUUUAUUGUGUUUGACAAAUUAUAUUAAAUAUCUUAUUCAGUGCAAUUAAAUUAUCCUUAAUUUUGUGAUUCGCACAAGUAUGAGUUCAUAUACGUCAGAAUGCUUCUCAUGUCUCAUCUUACUGUCCAUGAGACACACAGACACUUAUGCAGAUGAGAGCAAGAUUGAGGAUCACAAUGCAGUGUGAACCAGCUUGCAGCACCCGUGGAGCUGGGGGGUUAGGGCCUUGCUCAGAGCUAACAGACAUGUAACUAUUCUGCUGAGGCUCAAUACUAACAAUGCUAUACAAAGAUCAACUAUUAAUUAAAUGAGAAUCAACCUCAACAUUCAGCAAAUCAAACUUGACUUUUCAUGCUUUUUGUAAACUUUGUAGCUACCUUAUUAUGAACACUUAGCAAAUACAGGUAGGACUCAUUAUUUGCCUCUCAAACCACUUUAAAGGCAGAUAAGUUGUUUGUUCAGAGAAAUCAUGUUAUACUGACCUGCUAUUUUUACAUUUGUACUAUUGCUGUUAGCUUUAGCAAGUCUGGCUAUUCUCUUCUGGCCUCCUGCAGUGGAUGUUUUUGCUAAUGACAUCAUUCUCUUUAUACUUUAGACACUGUGGUGCAUGAAACGAUCCCAGUGUGGUGGCUGCGACAAUCAUUUAGUCAUUUGGACUAAACCUAUAUACUUGAAACCUAUCCGUCUAAUGCUUAGUAGAACAGUAAGUGAAUCUCUUGACCCUGUCCACUUGCCGUACGUGUUACAGUUUUUCUCAGUCGCUCUGGUACAUUUCUCGAAUCAUCUUUAACAUUUGCAAAACAGUAAGUGCAUUUCUUGAAACAAUUCAUACAAACUGCACCACAUGACAGAUCACCUGCAAAAGCCUGUGACUUUCUCAAAAUCCUUUGUUUAUCCCUCAAAGGUAAAUAUUUGUCUAUGAACUUGUCAGUGGCACCAGAAUGACAUGCCCUUGUGUCAUUGUUCACGAACAAGAUGGUCAAAAUGUUUAGUCGUGUUGUCAAUAUAACAGUGCACUCUGUAUUUUCCGAAGUAAACUACGGCUAAGGUUUUGAUGACGACUGAAAAUGCACAAGGUUGAACUUUUUCUGUAUGCUGUAUAUGAAUUUCAACAGUACAUCACAUAUACUGUAACACACAUAUGUAAACAUUUACAGUGUGUGUGUGUGUAUAUAUAUAUAUAUAUAUAUACACACUCACACACACACAAACACUGGUAGCAAACACAUAUAUAUGUUCCUACCUCUUCCUCUAUUUUACCUCCCUCCCCUUCCACUAAGCAGCCUUACUCCUCUUUUUACAAGCUGUUUACCCUGUUUGUUUCCUCAUCGUUCUUCCAUUGCCAAAUUGUAACACUGUGUUGUGCUAUGUCAAUAUAUGCUUGUCAACUGAAGGUUCAUUUGAUGCACCUGUGAGCUAUUUUAAAGAACUGGUUGAUCUAACGCUUUAAACAUUCCAAUUCAUUGGUGAAAGUCAAGAUUCAACUUAGAGCAAUUCAUCAAUUCAGGACACAUUAAUAAAACAAAUUAUAAGAGAUGUACAGAGAAUAUGCUUGAAUUAUGACAACUGGUUCAAACCAUUAUGCAAGUAAUGACUUAUACAAUUAACUAAUGCCUAGAUGUUUUGGGGAGCAAGACUAUUCAAGAGUAUCAGUAUUAUACAUUCUGACCGAUGUGAUCUAAAAAACUGAUAAUGUAGAACACAACACAUGAAAGGAAAUAAUCAUAUGCAUGACUGUGCCAGAGCAUUUGCAAUAUGACCAAAUAAAUGAGACUUUGCCUUUAUGAUGUGCACAACUGACACAAUCAUGUGGAGGCUGUAUAAGUAUAGUUAUGAGAAUUUUAUUCCUGAUUUGAUUAAUGUACCAAAGCGACUAUAGGAAAAACUAUAAAUUGCAUUCACAUAAUACGCUUUUCGGAGAUACAGAAGGUCUACAUUGGUAAGCAAGUAUACCUAAUAUACACUCUUUACCGUGUGAAUGUUUCAUAGUAAAUUUCAAGAGAAUGUGGAGCUGCAAAUACGGCACAGUAGGGAACAGGCAACACCGUUGGCAGUCAGGCCAACCACCCCUAUGGCAUCCUCAGAAGUCAGCAUGCACGUAGAGGAAGUCGUCGUCGUGACAACACCAGACACAACUGUGGAUGGAGCAGUUGUGGAGGAGGUGAAGACAAUGCUUGUCACAACAGAUCUUUCCCACCCAGGAGACGAGGUGACGGAGGAUAGCAUGGAAGCUGAGACUGAAGCCGCUGCCUUUACGGCAACGCCCAUUCUGGAGAAGGAAGCAGUAAUAGCAAUGAAGCUUUCCGAGGAAGCAGAGAAUAUGGAGCCUGAGAUAAUCUACCCCAUUACAUGUGGGGACAGUAAGGGUGUACUCAUUUGGAAGAAGUUUGUUUGUCCCGGUAUCAACAUCAAAUGUGUCCAAUACAAUGAACAUCUCAUUAGCCCAAAAGAGUUUGUCCAUCUGUCUGGGAAGUCCACGCUGAAGGACUGGAAGCGAGCGAUCCGCUUGAACGGAAUCAUGUUAAGGAAAAUAAUGGAUUCAGGGGAGCUCGACUUUUAUCAGCACUCCAAGGUAUGCUCCAAUACGUGUCGUAGCACCAAGAUCGACCUGGUGGGGAGCAGGGUGUCGUUUAGCACUCAGCAAUCAACAGAAUUUGUACCGGUCACCCCCUCAUCAGCUGACGUGAAUGGGUCACCGACAACGUUCACAAUAGAAGCCUCUGAAGACAGCACAGAGUGGGUGACAACGAUAGGAGAGGAUACCGUUGCUUUUUGGCAAGGACUGAAGGAUGCAGGUCUUUUGGAAGAGGUCGUUGAGGAGUUUCAGAAAGAGGUGAAAGAAACAUUGAAGGGCCUACAAGACCGAAUUCAGCAGCCCCCAUUACAGGUCAAUGAUGCAGUGCUGCUGAAUAACAUAGUGCAGAAUUUUGGCAUGCUGGACCUUGUGAAGAAGGUGUUGACGAGUCACAAAAGCCAAAUGGAUCGGUACCGGGAGCAGUACACACGCAGCUUAGUCGCCCUAGAACAGCAGUGCGACGAGCACCGAAAACGCGCAAAAGAACUGAAGAGCAAAUCCCAGCAUCUGAACAAUGUCCUCAUGACCCUCUCGCCGGCACCCUCUCCUCCGACUCCCAAACGACCCCGGCUCACGCGGGCUGUCUCCGGGCCAACGCCCGUCUCCACGCAUCUCCCCAGUCAGCCUGCGCAGAUCACUCUGGCCUCAGGAAUCCCGCUGACUCAGCUGGCCAACUUUCCCCUGGACAAAGUAAUGACAGCCAUUCAAGGCUCCACCAUUGGCAGCUCGUCGCAAACAGCCACCUUUACGGCCACAAGCUCACCGCUUCUUGGGGGCUACACAGUCCUGGCCACACCAGCUACCGGCCUUCCCAGCACGGUGGAGAUCCAACCUGAUGCGUCAAAUCUGACCGUCCUCAGUACGGCCGCCAUUCAGGAUGGAGGUACCAUCGUCAAAGUGGUCAGCCCAUUCCAGCUGCUGACCCUGCCCGGUUUGGGGACCACGCUGCAAAACGUGACAGGGGCUGGCAGCACUAUCGUCGCCGUGCCAACCAGCAGCAUCGAGACGGUCGUCACACAAGCCGAGGAGACGGCGAUCAUCGAAGUUAAGGACAUGGACCCGGCCCUGGAAAAGCAGUAGCGAAUGGGGUGGACCGGUUGCUUUGGGAAAAGAAAACUGCUUGUCUGCGUUGCUGCAAAAAACCCAACCAUUUUCAAUAUGAACACUAAGUUUUAUUGACUGUUCAUUGUAGAACGUGUGUGACAUGUUCAGGGAACAUGAAUGGUGGUCACUUUACUCUAAAGAAUGUGGUCAAUUGCCCUUGAAACUUAUUUGGCCAGAGUGAACCUCAAUCCUAUAUAAUCUGUACAAUACGAAUGUGUACAGUGUAUUAAUGGCCUUUGAGUGACCGAAACCCAUUUCUGUUAGAUUUGGGUCAGUAACUAAGAGAUGCAUUAGUUUUCCAUCAUUUUUAGUCACGCGUGAGUGUAGUUGACGAAUACAGGGUACCUUCCAGUAUGGAAUAACAGAGUAGUACAUUAUCUGCAGUCGUACUCUGAAAUAUUUGGCAUUUUUAUUUUGUACUUUCAUCUGGUUAUUGUUGAUAUCCAUUGAUGGACAACUGUACAGAAGAAUGAAUGAAUGAAUCAUAAAUGUAUAUUCAACACUAUUUUGUUCAUUUGACUUUAUAUACACGCUGUUACAAAUUAUCCAGAAUAGUGAUGUGUCUUCCCAUAAGCCUGCUGGUCUUAAUUCAGACCAUUUCAGUAAAUAUACUGCAGUAAUUUUGUUUGUAUGUAAAUAUGUGAUAUGAUUGACACUGUAAAUAAAGUACAUUCAAUGUAAAAUUGGUCUGUUAGGUUCACAGUAAUUAAAAUACUGUAUAUAGAAAAUGUAGUAAUAAAUUAUUUACUUUUUUACCUUGCUAUUAUAGAUUUUUUUAUUCAACAUAUGAAUACCUUUUUUUCUUCCUAGUGACGAAUGUUUUGUAUCACUGAUGGUUUUUGUGAAUUUUUUUAAUUCACACCUUGAUAAAAGCCAUUUCAUAUUAAAGAUCGAUACACUGUA